CCCACGGUCUCCAGUUCCCUGUUGGUGUGAGGUGGUACAAUGAAGGGACGAUGGCUGCUUGCAUCAGAGUAAUAUGGAUGAGAAUGACCACCGUGACAGCUAUUCAUGUUGGUUCUGCUUUCCUGAACGCUUUCUUUGCCAAAACACACUAAUCUCCCUGUUUCGUCCCAUCUGUACAGACCAAGUGUUGUGUUUGCCUCAGUCUGCUAGCCCCGUGCUAUGAUUCUGUCUACAUCAACUCUAUUUAAUUAACCUGACCGAUAUCACUCAUAACAUGGCCAUCACACAGUUUCGCCUUUUUAAAAUAUGCACCUGCUUGGCAUCUAUUCUCUCAUUCUUGAAAAGACUGAUUUGCAGGACUGGAAGGUCACGCAAGCUGAGUGGGGAUCAGAUCACCCUCCCGACCACAGUUGAUUAUUCCUCUGCAACAAAACAGCCAGAGAUUGAGGAGUGGAGCUCAUGGGAUGAGGAAGCUCCCACGAGUAUCAAAAUUGAAGGCGGUAAUGGGAUAGUUCCACCUCCACAGAAUGAAGCUGAAGAGGAAGAGCCAGACUAUUUCAAAGACAUGGCUCCCACCAUCAGGAAAACACAAAAAAUUGUCUUGAAGAAAAGGGAACCUCUAAAUUUCUCUAUGCCAGACAGCUCCUCAGGUUUCUCCAGCCGACUAGCCGCCACUCAGGACAUGUCCUUCAUCCAGCCUUCUGCCGAGCUGGGAGACUUGGACACCUGGCAGGAGGACACAAAUGCCUGGGAGGACGAGGCAGAUGCAGCCUGGGAGGCAGAGGAAGUGCUGAGGCAGCAGAAGUUGGCUGAGAGAGAGAGACGUGCCAUGGAGCAACAGAGAAAGAAAAUGGAGAAAGAGGCACAGAGAAUGAUGAAAAAAGAGCAGAAGAUUGCUGUCAAACUUUCGUAACAUUAAUACAGCGCACCGGACACUCAAAGCAAGAGCCAAACAACUGCUCACAUUACAUUUUACCUGGUUAUGUCCUCCCCACCACACUGCUGUCUUCACCUCUUCGGGAUAUUUUUUUAGUCCAUCAUCCAUUUUGGGAAUUUUUGUUUGUUUGUUUGUUUAUUUGGGUUUUCUUUUUGUAUCGAACUGAACACAGCACAAAGAAUCGUCCCUUUUGUUUAUGCGUUAUUGUGACUGUUCUUACUGCGCGCUCGAUGAAAGAAAAACUAGAUGUUUUUUUCUGUCAGUAUUUAUAACACUUGAACGAUUUUGUCCUGGAAGAUUUUAGACAAGGAAUUCCGUUCAUUUUUGAUUUUGCUUUUUUGCCUUUUUCCCACCUGUUUUGUUUUGUAUCUGUGCUUUAAACACUGGACCUCACCAGAAAUGGGUGAUAAGUCAAUAUUUCGAAAGAAUCAAAUUUAUGCAACCUUGGGUUUUCGCUCUCCACUUUCUAUUUAGCCAUCUGUUGCCAUUCUGUUUACUUGAUAAUCAUGGGCUUAUUUGGGAAUAAUCCUGCAAGACCUUAUACACUGAUCUUAGUUUUUCUAAAGACAAAAAUUUGAGUCAUUUGGGUAAGGAAUUAAUUGUAGGUGGGAAUGGAGAGCGGAGAUAUUCGGUAUGUACUGAGGCUCGAAGAGAGAGCUUUUAAGAGAUGUGGGUUGGUCGUCAUGGAAACGCUGGCAUUUUUAAAAUAUCCAAAUUGGCAAAGAAACCAUCUUUUAUCCUUAGCAAGACUGUGUUACUGAGAAGAACAUUGACUAAGAGAAAAGCAUUCACCAUUUAUUUUAAAGCAGUUCACCAGGGCGACUUGUCUUUAACUAUUAAAGAAUUUCUUAUCUCUUGAAAAUAUAGAAAUUGAUCAUGUUUAUUGAUGAAGAAGAUGAUGUUGUUGAUGAUGAUGGUGCUGAAAUUACUUUCUGCAUGCUAUGAUCAUUAAGGAACAUGAAGCCAUGAGAGCCACAGGUACCGACAACAUUGAAAAUGAUAAAAUAAAAUCACACCUUUACUAUGAUUUAUGCUUCCCACUCAUGCAUGCUCAUGCCUUUUUAUGUUUUUAACAAAUUUUCACAAUGCAGCCUUAGCUGUAAUAAACAUUUCAUCUCUUCAA